GGUCCUGGUAGCAAAGGGGAGGGUUAAGUUUCUGUCCUUUUUACUCCUACACACCCUUUUUGCUUCCUGCUCCUCAGAAAUCUCACUGACUUGCUUACCUUAAGCUCUCCGUAUUCAUUAAACCAGGAAUUCAGGAAUUCCAAUCUACCUGAUUUCACCCACCAGCUGUUGCUGGGGUCUACGCAGAUGACCUAUUCCUGCUUUUCUUGCUGUGAUCCCAAUCCAUGAGCACUCUUCGUUCCAGAGAAUCUGGGUGUCCUAGCUCCUGGAUGCUCCUCCCUGCUUUCACCUACCAAACCCAGAAAUACUAAUCAGCUGCUUUCCCUUUUCCAUGUACCAGGAUGAGCUACCACUUACUCCUCUUUGGGCUACCUGCCUUUGGAAUCUAUGCACUGGCAUCUCACUGUCUUCGAAAGAAGCCACAUCUCCUUCAUAAACCACGCAAGUUUCCUGUUCGAUGCUUGCAUGGCUCCCACAGGGGUGGUGCUGGAGAGCAGAUUGAGAACACUUUGGGAGCCUUUAAAAAUGCAGUGAACCAGGGUACAAACCUGCUUGAACUUGAUUGCCAUCUGACCAAAGAUGGGAUUGUGGUUGUGUCUCACGAUGAUAAUCUGGAACGCGAGACAGGACACAACAUCAAUCUCAGCCUCACAAACUAUAAGGAUUUGCCACCAUAUAAGUCUUCUCUGGAGGUGACAUUUUCCCCAGGCAACUUCUCCCAUGGCAAUGAUCACCGGAUUCCACGUUUGGAAGAGGUUUUUGAGCAAUACCCUGGAAUCCCUAUUAAUAUUGAAAUUAAACAGAAUAAUGACGAACUCAUUAAUAAGGUAGCAGAUCUCGUCCGGAAAUACCAUCGCUCCCACAUCAGCAUCUGGGCCUCCUUUGAUGGUCAAGCACUUAAAAAAUGCCAGAAAGCUAACAAAGACAUGCCCUACAUCUUCUCCAAGAAGAGAAUCGUCUUCAUGCUUUUUCUCUGGUAUCUUGGACUCCUGCCAUUCUUCCCUCUGAAAGAAUCUUACCUUGAAUUUGUGCUGCCCUCGAUCAUAAACAGGACCUAUUUUCCAGUGAAAAAGGGCAAAUUUGGAGCACUACUGGCAAAACUUAUCACCAAGAUAACAAUGAGCAAAAAGCUGUUCAAACAUCUGGAAGACAGAGGAAUACAAGUUCUUCUUUGGGUUUUGAAUGAAGAUAAAGAAUUUGAAGAAGCCUUUUGCUACGGGGUCUCUGGAGUCAUAUCUGACUAUCCAACUCGCCUUCGACAUUAUCUUAAUGCUCAUCCACCCCUUUCCGAUGAAUGAAUUAGAAUGAUACUUUAGAAUUGGUGGUUGAAAUUUUUGAUCGGGACGGAGAGAGAGAAAGCACAUGGAUGCAAAAGAUAGGAAACUCAAAGUAUACUUUGUGUCAAUACUGUAAGAGGAAGACUUUGAAACAAAUAAUUUUGUUACUUUGUUGUUGUUGUUCAGUCGUUAAGUCGUGUGUGGCAUUUUCGGUAACUGAGUAACAUAUUAGCAGGGGACUGAAGAUAUGCAAGGUCACAGCUGGAUUCCACAGUACAAAAUCUGGCUACAGCCCUGCUUGUAGAAGCAUGACAUUUUUUCAAGUUUCUGUCUCGUCUUAAAUAGAUACAGCAAAAGACAGAGGAGGAGGAGAAUCCUCUCACUAAUACUCAGCAAAACAAAUAAAAACAAA